AUGUCUUCCACUGAAGUUGAAUUAACUAACCAAGCCAACGUUGAAGAAACUCAAAAUGUUUCUAAAUUAUUAGUUGACCCGGAAACUACAAUUUUCAUUGGUAAUGUCGCUGUCGAAGCUACCGAAGAUGAUAUCAAGAAUAUCUUUAAAGGGGAAUUCGGUGAAGAUUUAAUUAUUGAUAUUCCAGAAACUCCAAGACAAAAACCAAAUGGCCAUGUCCCUCAAAGCAAACAUGCUCUAGUUCAAUUUCCUUCCAAGAUCGAUUUCGAGACCGUUAAAGAAAAAUACGAUUUAACCCAAUUGAAGGAAAGAGAGAUCCAUAUCAAGAAGGCAAGAACGAGUGAGGAAUUACAUUCUUUUGCUCAAAGAAGAUUCAGACAUCGUGGUAAUUUUAGAGGUGGAUCUCACCGUGGCAAUUUCAGGGGCGGAUCUCACCGUGGCAAUGGAAGAGGUGGUCAUCACCGUGGUAACUUCAGAGGUGGACACCGUCGUGGUGGCUUCAGAGGCAACAACUCUCAAAAGAAAGAAAAAAUCCCACUUGACCAAAUGGAAAGAUCUAAAGAUACUUUGUACGUCAAUAAUGUCCCAUUCAACACUACAAAGGAUGUAUUAGCUGAAUUCUUUGGCACUAAAGUGGAAAAUAUUGUUUUACCAAUGAAAAAAUUAAGAAAUUUCCGCUCUGGAAAAGUUUACGAAUCUGACACACUAAAUAGAGGUAUCGCUUUUAUCACUUUUGAAGAUUUGGAUAACCAAGAAGAUGCUAUCGCCAAAAAAGUCGAGGAAUUUAAUGGUAAGGAUUUAGGUGACAGAACUAUCACUGUUGAUAUUGCCGUUAUAAAGCCAGAAAACAUCGAAAAAAAUGAAUCUGCAUCUGAAUCAGAAGCCGAAGAAGCAACUGAAGAAGAAGAAGAAGGUAACAAACAAGAAGCUUGA